AUGGAGGGAGGGCACCAGUACUUGAAUGGUAGUCCGAAAGCAAUUUUCUUCACUGAUUUCGACGGAACUGUUACUUUGCAGGACUAUUUCAUGAAGCCAUUACUAAGAAGUUGGUUAGGCAAUGACUACCUGGUUGACAAUUUUGGCUUCGGGGCCGAAAAACGCCGGAUGCUCGAGCUAGAAGUCCUAAAUGGAACUUUGGCAUUCAGAGAUGCUUUUCAGGCCAUGCUCGAUAGCGUGCGAAUGCCCUUCAACGAGUGCCUUCGUAUCGUGCAGGAUAAUAUUCAGCUCGACCCCGGUUUUGUCAACUUCUAUCUCUGGGCAACAGAGAAAAGUAUUCCAAUUGUGAUUCUGUCAUCAGGAAUGACGCCUGUGAUAGAGGCAUUACUGGUUUCCUUAUUUGCUGGCAAACCCAGCAAUAUAUCUGUCAUUGCAAACGACAUCGCGCCUCACAACGGUAAACAUAUCGACAUGGUUGGUGGAUGGCAAAUUAAAUAUCGCGACGAUAGCAUAUUCGGCCACGACAAAUCGCUAGAAAUCAAGCAUUGUGUUGCACUGCCUGACGGAGAACGUCCUGUGGUGGCUUUUGCAGGAGAUGGAGUAUCAGACCUCUCUGCUGCGUCCGAAACAAACAUCCUAUUUGCCAAGGAAGGUCUAGAUCUAAUGAUGUACUGCAAACAGAAAGGGAUUCCUUUUGUGCCCUUCGAUAACUGGGAGUCCAUUCUUGACGCAAUGCGAGACAUCUACGAGAGGACAGUCAAGCCUUAG